AUGGCAGUGCAGUCGACGUUACGGCAUGGCCCGGACGAAGCUCUCCGGGCACUCUUCAGCCGCCUACUCGACCGUCUACGUGGUCGACUCGGACGAACACCUCGAGCACUCCGCUUGUUAGCGGCAGUCCUCUUCACGCUAGGUCUGGUCGGUGGUGGCGCGGGGUCAUACAAAUGGUGGAUAGAUAGCCGCAAGGAGAAAGAGACAGGGAGACGGCUGCUGCGUCGCAACUCUGGUCUGAGAGCCAAAGACGGCACGCGCACCAUCUAUGUCGCAUACAAAUCUUCUACGGCAAAAGUCGCCAUCAACCCGACCAAGCCGACCACCUUCGAUGCCCACCGACGUCUGUUCUUACAGCCGCCCAGGGCUGUUGGCCUGAGCGACAGCAAUCUGCCACAAGUGCCUCCUCUCCAGACCAAGCCUGGCUUGAACCUCGCAUUUUUGCAUCAAUUCCUCAGCCUGAUGAACAUCUUGAUCCCGCGAUGGGGCAGUAAAGAGACUGGUCUACUCUUCAGUCACGGUGUCUUCUUGCUUCUGCGGACGUACCUGUCUCUCGUUGUCGCCCGUCUCGACGGUGAGAUCGUGCGAGACUUGGUGGCUGGCAAGGGCAAGCCCUUCCUCUGGGGUAUUGCCAAAUGGUGCACCAUUGGCGCUCUAGCCAGCUACACCAACAGCAUGAUCAAGUUCUUGCAGUCAAAGGUCUCGAUAGCCUUCCGUACUCGUCUGACUCGCUACAUCCACGACCUCUACCUCAACGACAAUCUCAACUUCUACAAACUCACCAAUCUUGACGGCGGCAUUGGUCAUGGCGCUGAUCAGUUUGUCACCCAGGACUUGACUCUCUUCUGUGACUCUGCCGCCAGUCUGUACUCGAGCCUGGGAAAGCCAUUUGUAGAUCUCCUGGUCUUCAACUAUCAGCUGUAUCGCUCUCUUGGCCCAUUGGCUCUGACUGGUCUACUAGCCAACUACUUUGCUACCGCUACAUUGCUGAGACGACUAUCUCCUCCCUUCGGCAAACUGAAGGCCGUCGAGGGUAAGCGAGAGGGUGAGUUCCGAGCACUUCAUGCUCGCCUCAUCGCCAAUGCCGAAGAAGUUGCCUUCUAUGGCGGCGACCAAAUGGAAAAGCUGUUUUUGGACAAAGGCUUCCAAGAACUUAAGCGGUGGAUGGAAGGCAUCUACAGUCUCAAGAUUCGUUACAACAUGCUUGAAGAUUUCGUGCUCAAGUACUCUUGGAGUGCUUUCGGUUACCUCAUCACCUCUCUGCCGGUCUUCCUCCCUGCAUGGGCUGGACUCGCAGAGAUCGGUGAUAAGAAAGUAGCACAGCCAGCUUCGGAAGCCGCUCUCAUGGCUCAGACACCUACAGAUGAAUCAGGCAGCCGCACCCAAAACUUCAUCACCAACAAGCGUCUCAUGCUUUCUCUUGCUGACGCAGGCGGUCGUAUGAUGUACAGCUUGAAAGAUCUUUCAGAGCUGGCUGGCUACACCUCUCGUGUCUAUACCUUGAUCAGUACUCUCCAUCGAGUACACGCUUCUGCAUACCAUCCACCUCGCAACACGUAUCCCGAACUCUACUCCCUGGCCGAUGUGCAAGGAACCCUACACAAAGGCUUCUCCGGCGUACGAUUCGAAAAUGCACCAGUCGUCGCACCCGGUCUCUGGCCACAAGGCGGAGAAGAACUUCUCGACUCCCUCAACUUUGUCAUCCAAUCCAACCAACAUAUCCUCAUCAUCGGCCCUAACGGUGCAGGCAAAAGCGCCGUCGCACGCAUUCUAGCUGGUCUAUGGCCCGUCUACCGCGGCCUAGUUUCUCGACCUCGAAGCAUCGGUCAAGAUGGCAUCAUGUUCCUACCUCAACGACCCUACCUCUCUCCCGGCACCCUCCGCGACCAAAUCAUCUACCCACACACUGAAUUCGACAUGCGCGCCUCCUCGCGCGCCGACUCCGAACUCGAGCAAAUCCUCACCGAUGUGCGACUCGGCUACCUGCCUUCCCGCGAAGGCGGCUUCGACACGCGCAAAACGUGGAAAGAUGUCCUCAGCGGUGGAGAAAAACAACGCAUCAGUUUCGCACGUUUACUGUAUCAUUCCCCUGCUUUUGCAGUCAUUGACGAGGGAACUUCUGCUGUAAGCAGUGAUGUGGAAGGUCUACUUUAUGAAACUCUAAAGGCCAGGGGAGUAACAUUGCUCACCAUAUCCACUCGCGCAAGUCUCAAGAAAUACCACGAUUAUGUGUUGACCUUGGGAUUGGGGAAUCAGGGAGAUGAGUGGGAGAUGCAAAAGAUAGGCACCGAGAGUGAAAAAGACAGCACUGAGAAGGAAAUCGCCGAACUCAAGGAACGAUUAUCUCAAGUCGAGGCGUGGAAGCAGAGGAAAGCAGAGAUUGAAGCCGAGUUGGCAGAGGUGUGGGUACAGGGAAGCGGUAUCUUGACGACUCCUGCAUUCGCGAGUGAUGCGCAAGAGAGUAGCAAGGCUGAAGAAGUCGAAGUCCUCACCGACGACGAAGGCGAAGAAGUCGCGCUCAGCGAGACGGAAACGGAGAAAGCAGCCAAUGGCGACGACGCAGGGAACGAUGCAGGUACUGAUGGCUACAAUACCGACAACACGCAAGACUUGUUUGUCAGCGCUGCUGCCACGCCUUUGGAGAGGGCAUCACCAUAG